AUGGGUCCGUUAUCCACGGCCUCGAGCGACUCCAGUUCAGUGGUCAAGGACUUCACCACCAACCUGGUCUACUGCGGCAAUGAGUUCCCCAGCGAUGAUCUUGUCGGCAUCUUCGGCUGCCUUCAACGGCAUGCCAGGGACCGCAAGUUCCCCUUCCUCGCCAUCUUCCUGACCGAAUGCACCAGCAUGGUGAAGAGGGAAUUAGCCCUUCUCCCUCAGGGGCUUCGGGAAUCCCUGCCCCCUUUCCAAAAUAUUCUAUCUCUCGCCACCCACUUCGUCGAGAACCGCAAUGGGCCACUUGCAGGCGCUUUGGACGGCGCAUUGCUGUGCAUUGCACAAAUCGGGCUGCUUAUAGGCCGCCAUGAGGCCCAAGACCUCCCCUAUACGCUGCAUCAAGAGAGCACCCACUUGUGUGGGCUAAGCGUUGGCCUGCUGACGGCUGCAACCCUCACGGUCUCGUCGUCCCUGUCCGACUUGUCCCGGGCCGGCGUUGAGAGCGCGAGGAUAGCGUUCAGACUGGCCGUCCAAGUCGACCAGGUCUCUCAGCUUCUCGAGCCGCGGAACUUUGACAGGCCGCCCGACAGCUGGGCAUAUGUGGUCACCGGUCUGAGCGAGCAGGAGGUCCAGGACGAGGUAGACCACUUCAACGCGGCAACAUCAAGCCCGGAGGCUACCAAGGUCUUUCUCAGUGCGGCAGACAAGACCUCGGUCAGCGUGACUGGCCCGCCUGCUCGGCUGAAAGCCGCCUUCUUGAGCUCGCAGAAGUUGCGGCAUUCCAAGCAUUUUCUGAUGCCCGUCUUCUUCGGCCUCUGCCACGCUCCCCACAUUUACUCGCAGAACCAUGUUGAGGUGAUCGUCCUUGGCUCGCAGCCGGCGUUCGACCACGGUCGGGAAGCGCGUCUCCCCCUUUUCUCGCCAAAAACAGGGGAGCCCUUCCUAGCGGACAAAGUCGGCGGGCUAUUCAAGGAAGUCAUCACCGAGAUCCUUACGGCGGCCAUCUCCUUGGAUAAGCUCACCGCCGGCAUAGUCGACUCCCUGUCCAUGACCUCCGAGUGCCGCGUCCUGCAGUUCGGGUCGUCGAUCGUUUCAAAAGGGCUCCUCUCAGAACUGGGACGAGAACUGCCGCAGCUCCCUGUGGCCAUCAACGACGUGCUGGAGUGGUCAACAAAGGAAUGGCUCGGCGCCAGUCCUUCAGCGACAAGAAACGCCAAGCUUGCCGUGGUGGGUGUGUCGUGCCGUCUCCCCGGUGGCGCCAACGACACCGAACUCUUCUGGAAGCUGAUGGAGGAGUCCCGUGACACGCACACCGUCAUCCCCAUUGACCGCUUUGACGUCAAGACGCACUACUACCCAACGGGCAAGACACCCAACUCAACCGAGACACCGUACGGCAACUUCAUUGACCACCCGGGCCACCUGGACGCGGGCUUCUUCAACAUGUCCCCCGUCGAAGCGGAGCAGGUGGACCCCAUGCACGGUCUGGCGCUGGUCACAGCAUACGAGGCCCUGGAAAUGUCCGGGUUCGUCCCCAACCGCACGCCCUCGACAACGGCAAAGUGCGUAGGGACCUACUACGGCCAGGCGAGCGACGACUGGCGCGAGGUCAACACGGGCCAGAACCUCGGGACGUACGGAGUGCCCGCCACCGAGCGCACCUUUGCCAACUGGCGCAUCAACUACUUCUUUGGCUUCGGCGGACCGAGUUUCAACAUCGACACGGCCUGCUCCAGCGGGCUUGCGGCCGUCAACGCCGCCUCGACGGCACUGUGGUCGGGUGACGCCGACACCGUGCUGGCCGGCGGCUUGAACGUCAUCACCAAUUGCGACAACUACUGCAGUCUGUCUCGCGGCCACUUCCUGUCCAAGACAGGCCAGUGCAAGGUUUGGGACAAGAAGGCAGAUGGCUACUGCCGCGCCGACGGGAUCGUGUCCAUCGUGAUGAAGAGGCUUGACGAUGCCCUGGCCGAUAACGACCGGGUGCUCGCCGUGAUCUGCUCUGCGGCGACCAACCACUCGGCCGAGGCCAUCUCGAUCACGCAUCCUCACGCCGACGCCCAGAUGGACAACUACCGUCAAGUCAUGGCCGAUGCCGGCGUCAGCCCGUUCGACGUCAGCUACGUUGAGUUGCAUGGUACCGGCACGCAGGCGGGGGAUGCCGUCGAGAGUGAGUCCGUUGCGACAGUCUUCGCCCCCCGCGGCCAACGGCGUCAUCCCGAGCAGCGGCUCCACCUCGGUGCGGUGAAAUCCAAUAUUGGCCACGGCGAGGCUGCCGCGGGAAUCACCUCGCUGCUCAAGAACCUCGACCGGCGGAACGCAGGCUUGGUUUUCAACAAGGCCAUUCCCUGGCCCAGGCCUGACGGAUCGGACAAGAAGAGGCUCAGGAAACGCUUUGCGCUAGUCAACAGCUUCGGUGCCCACGGCGGCAACACAACACUCCUUUUGGAAAACGGCACGGUACAGCCCAUGGUCCGCAACAGGGAAUACAGACCCGCUGCAUACCCAUUUACGCUGUCCGCCAAGAGCAAGCACAGCCUGCGCGCCAAUGUCGAGGCUCUCCUCCGAUACCUGGACCAGCACCCGGAUACAGACGCGGACGACUUGUCGUAUACACUCUGUGCCCGACGCAUGCACCAUCCGCUGCGCGUGGCGACUGCAGCCGCCGGAAUCUCCCAGCUCCGGCAGUUCCUGGCGUCGGCUCUGGACGAAAGCAGCAAGCUCAUUUCCACCGCGAGGCCCGUGUCCGCUGCGAAUCCUCCGUCCGUCGUCAUGACCUUCACCGGCCAGGGAGCAUACUACAGCGGCAUCAGCCAGCAGCUCUACCAACACUUCCCUCCCUACCGGUCCGAGAUAGUCCAGCUGGAUGCCCUGGUACAGAAGCUGGGCCUGCCAUCGCUCAUCCCUGAGAUUGAAGGAAAAGGAUCCAAGUCCCCCUCCCCGCUCACGACCCAACUGUGCAUCCUGAUCGUCGAGAUCGCCAUGACACGUCUGUGGGAGCACUUGGGCGUCGUUCCGAAUGCCGUCAUCGGGCACAGCCUGGGCGAGUACGCGGCUCUUGUCGCCGCGGGGGUGCUCUCGGCGGCCGACGCCAUUUUCCUCGUCGCCAAGCGAGCCACCCUCAUGGCCGAGCACUGCACCGCCGGCAGCCACGUAAUGCUAUCCGUCCGGGCGGGCGUUGAGGCCAUCAGAGAGGCACUGGCAGACUACGGAGUAGCAGAAGCACCAUACGAAGUCUCGUGCCGCAACGGGCCGGAGGAUACCGUGCUGGGCGGCACGCGCAAGGACAUGGAGACGAUCCGCGCCGCGCUGGCCGGCAAGGGGAUCAAGUCGAUGCUGCUGGACGUGCCGUAUGCGUUCCACACUGCCCAGCUCGAACCGGCGCUGCCCGCGUUCGAAGCCGCCGCCGCCCACGUCGUCUUUAAGGCGCCGCGCAUUCCCGUCAUCUCGCCGCUGCUGCGCGACUGCGUGUUUGAUGACAAGACCAUCAGCGCCAACUACCUCGCCCGAGCGACUCGCGAGCCGGUGCUCUUCAUGGACGCCCUGGACGCGGCGUGCGAGCUGGGGAUCGUUGACGAGGCCAAGACGGCGUGGAUCGACAUCGGCCCGCACCCGGUGUGCGCGUCUAUGGUCCGGGCUUGGCUCGGGUCCCGGGGAGGCGAUGGUGCCGCUGCUGCAGGUCUGAGGACGUUGGCCACGGCGCGCCGCGGCGAGGAUAAUUUCGCCACCAUGGCGGCGACGAUGUCGGGGCUGCAUGCCUUGGGCGUGCUCGUCUGCUGGAACGAGUACUUCCGCCCAGGGGAAACCUCGCAUCACUACAUGCUGCUCAACGACCUGCCUGCAUAUCAGUGGAACGAGCGUAACUACUGGAUACCCUACCACGGCACAUGGUCGCUAGACAGGUACUAUUACGCACGCGGUGAGCUUCCCCCAGGCAUGAGUAGAGUCAACGCGGCGCCGUCAUGCGCUUCGACGCUUCGCACUUCGGGAAUCCACCAAGUCAUCAGCGAAGAGGUUGAUCAUGACACCGGCCGUGUGAGACUGACGGCAAUGUCGGACCUUAAACACCCGUCACUCCUCCCGUCAACGAGGGGGCAUAUGAUGAAUGGGUAUGGUGUGGCCACCAGCUCCAUCUGGAUUGAGAUGGCAUGGACCAUUGGUGAGCACGUAUACAAACUCCUCGUACCAUCCGCCAAAGAAGUGCACAUGAACAUCUGCAACGCCGAGGUUCUGCAUGCGCAGGUCCUGGACGAGCAACCGCAGCAACACUUGGUCCAUAUCCGGGCGGAACUAGACCUUGCUAGCCAGCGCACCGUCAUCGAAUGGUACGCGUUGGGGGAUCAGCAGCAGCAGCAGCAGUACCAGCAACAAACCGCCAGCCCGGAUGAGCCGGGCGAGGCGUUCGCCACCUACACGUUGCAGUACGAAGACCCCGAGGUCUGCCGGAUCGAGGAGCUUGGCAGGCUGGCGGACUCCGGUGACGCCACCCGUCUCGACCGCAACAUGGCGUACCUGUUGUUUCGCAACGUAGUCGACUACGCGCCUGAAUACCGCGGCAUGCGGAGCGUUGUGCUGGCCGGGUUCGAGGCCGCGGCCGAGGUUGAACUCUUGUCGAGCCAGCACGAGGGCGUCUGGCACUCGGCGCCCCACCACAUCGACAGCGUGUGCCACAUCGGCGGAUUGGUGCUCAACGCGGGCGGCGCCACGGAUGCCCGCGACUCGUUCUACAUCACGCCGGGCUUCAAAUCUCUGCGCUUGUUGCGCCGUCUGAAAGCGGGCGAUCGCUACCGCAGCUACGUGCGCAUGGCUCCACAUCCGACCGAGACGAACGAGUUUGCCGGUGACGUGUACAUCUUCUCUCGCGAUGACGGUCAGCUGGUCGGUAUGAUGGGCCAGAUGCGCUUUCGUAAGCGCCCCCGUAUCCUCAUGAACCGCCUGUUCUCGCCAGGAGCUGGGGAGAAGAGCGACGCUCGUGCUCCGAGGGUUCCGAAUCCGAAGCCUCAGCCGGCAGUUGCCGCACCUGCCGUCGCCGCCAAGCCCCUCACUGCCCCGAAAUCAAUGACACAGCCUGCGGUGGCAGCAUUAGCGUCAGCUCCAUCUCCAGCUCGAGCAGCGCUCAGCUCAGCAGUCAAUGAUUCAGCCCCGAGCCAGCGAGAGCAGCAGGACUCGUCUGUCGUCACAGACCGCCUGCGCUUCGUCAGCCGAGAGUCGGGGCUCGAGAUGGAGAGGUUGGAGAAUGACGAGGCGUCGUUCACGGAGCUGGGCAUCGACUCGCUCAUGUCGCUCGUGUUAUCCGAGAAGUUCAAGAGUGAGCUGCAGAUUGAGGUCAAGAGCUCGCUGUUUCUGGAGUGCCCCAACAUUGGUGCUCUGAAGGAGUGGUUGAACGAGUACUGCUAGAUGUAGAUGUUAGACUACUAGACUGUCCUUGUGGUUAUCAGGGAGAGUCUCUGUCGGCUGUCGUCUUUAAGAUACUUAUGUGGUUUUGUUUUUUGGGCGCAGUGGAUUGAAGAGAUGAUCUCGGUUCCCUGUCCCACUAAGCGUUAGACAGCCGCGAAGCCGGUCACAGGAGGAUGGAAGGUCGAUAUUAGACUCGAGUAGAGAUUGCGAUACAAUCACUACAUGCUCCGGUUUUCACUCAUGGCACCUCGCGUUGGGAGAUGA